AGGCCAAACAGUACAGGAUCAUGGCCUCUAACUACAGUGCCAACCAGUAUGAAAAUGCUUUCUCACCCAAGUACCUGCAGAAUUGGUCUCCUAGCAAGCCAACAAAACAGAAAAUCACUACCCAUGAAGGCUACACUCAGAUAAUUGCCAACGAUCGAGGUCAUCUCUUACCUUCAGUGCCCCGUUCCAAGGCAAGUCCUUGGGGUACCUUCAUGAGCACCUGGGAAAUGCCCCUGAAGAUACCACCUUCUCGGGUGAACUUGACCGCCCGUACAACGGCUGCUGCCACCACCCUCACCAACUGGAUACACAAGGACCCUGAUCUGCUCAAUGCCUGCAAUGGGCUGUAUCCUGAAAUCCUAGGCAAGCCCCAUGACCCCAGCAGUCAGAAGACAAAGAAGAAAUCGGUCACAAAGACUGUACAACAAGCACCAAGUCCAACCAUAAUUCCCAGCUCCCUGGUUAUCCAUAGCGAAGAUUCAAAUGAACCUCCAAGUCCCCACCCCUCUGCAGGUCACACUCCAGGUCCCCAAACUCCAAACAACUCUCCCAGGACCCCCCCUGUAAUCCCUGAAGCCAGGAAACCCUAUGAAGUAAACACUUGUGAAGAGUUCCGUGCAACUUUGCCAGACAAAGCUGCAACCCUGCAGGGCCAGAGGCCAGGCUGUGAUGACAUUUUGGGGACUGACUGAAAGAAGUAAGGCCCUGUAUUCAGAAAUGUGGUACAGACAAAUGUUGGGCCAGGAGUAAGUGCAAAUUUGGGCAAAUAAACAUUGUUAA